GGUGUGCGCCUGCGUGCUGGCGGCGGUGGCGGCAGUGCCCGGCGGGGAGUGGGUCCGGAGCGGGCUCCCGGACCCGAAACGGAAAGGGGCGUCUGGGGGCGUCGGGGACUCCCUUGCCUGGUCCUCGGCGGUCUGAUGGAGUAAGAAGGGUCGGCUGUGAAUGUGUGACGUUGAGUGCUUCAGAUCUGGUCACUAUGGUACGAGAACGAAAAUGCAUAUUGUGCCACACUGUGUGCAGUUCAAAAAAGGAGAUGGACGAACACAUGCGGAGCAUGUUGCAUCACAGGGAACUUGAAAAUCUGAAGGGCAGGGACAGUAGUCAUGAGUGCCGAGUGUGCGGGGUCACAGAAGUGGGUCUUUCUGCAUAUGCAAAGCACAUUUCUGGCCAGUUGCACAAAGAUAACGUUGAUGCCCAGGAAAGAGAAGAUGAUGGAAAGGGAGACGAAGAGGAAGAAGAUUAUUUUGACAAGGAACUCAUUCAGUUAAUAAAACAAAGGAAAGAAAAAAGCCGACAAGGUGAACCUUCUAAUAGCAGCCAAGAAAUAAACUCUGAUGACAGGCGACCCCAACGGAGACGAGAAGACCGAAUUCCUUACAAAGACAGAGAGAGUUACAGUCAGCAAACAUGGCAUCAUCAUGGACCUCCACAGUGGGAUUGGAAAUGGGAGAAAGAUGGCUUUAAUAAUACUAGGAAAAACAGCUUUCCACAUCCUUUGAGGAAUAAUGGUGGACCAAGAGGUUGUUCUGGGUGGCAUAAUGGUGUUGCAGGAGGCUCCUCGACUUGGUUUCACAGUCAUAGUAAUUCUGGAGGUGGUUGGCAUUCAAAUAGUGGAAUGGUAAAUUGGAAUCAUAAUGGUACAGGAAGGAAUUCCAGUUGGCAUUCUGAAGGAACAGGUGGCUUUUCCAGUUGGCAUAUGAACAACAAUAACGGAAACUGGAAAUCCAAUGUACGUAGUACAAAUACCUGGAAUUACAAUGGCCCAGGAGACAGAUUUCAACCAGGCAGAAACAGAAAUUCUAACUGUCAAAUGGAAGACAUGACUAUGCUAUGGAACAAGAAAUCUAAUAAGGCAAACAAAUACAAUCAACAGAGAUAUACUUGGCAGCGGAAAGAAAAUGACAAAGUUGGUACAGUUUCCACAUGUAGAGGUCCUUCAGAAGGAUUUACAAGUGAUAAAUUUCCUUCAGAAGGCUUACUCGACUUCAGUUUUGAGCAGCCGGAAAGCCAAAGCACUAAAAAAACAGAUACUGCAGCUUCCAAAGUUAGUGGAAAGAAUGGCAGUGGGGCAAGGGAAAAGCCCCAACGCUGGACUCCAUACCCUUCCCAGAAGGCUCUGGAUUUACAAUCAGGAUUAAAAGAAGUCACUAGUAACAAGUCAGAAGUGAUAGAUAAGCCUUUCUUUGAUUUUAGCUUGAUUUUAGCCACAGGAACACAAGAACUUCAACCUAAUGAAAGAAAUAAUUCCCCAACACUCAAAACACAAAAAGAAAUGGUAUCACUUAGUCACAAAGCCACUUCUGACUGCACUACUGCCUAUGAGGCGGCGAGAAAUGGCCCCAUUACAGAAAAACCCGAACAAGAGCAUAACUCAGCUAAGAUGCCAUCAUUGAAAUCCCCACUUCUUCCACUUCCAGCCACUAAAUCAUUUCCUCAAAAGCAAGAUUCAAAGUUUCCCUCAAAAAACACCCAAACUAAUUCUUUUUUCCCUGGAGAGCACUUACAUCCUUUGAACAAACCCACUGUGGAAGAUAACCAGGAUUCUUACAUAUCCAAAUUGCAUAGUUCAAGUCCUUGUAUUUUAAAAGCUAAUAACAGUACAUUUGAAGCUCAAAAGGAACCUGAUGAUGACUUAAACGAAACGUUACAAAAAGCCAAAGAGGUACUACAGUGCCAUGAGUCAUUGCAAAAUCCACUUCUUAGCACUUGUAAAAGGACCAAGAAAUAUGCAAAAGCAAGUAGAAAUGUAGAAGAAUCUGAAAAGGGAUCUUUGAAAAUUGAAUUUCAAGUACAUGCAUUAGAAGAUGAAAGUGAUGGAGAGACAUCUGACACAGAAGAGCAUGGAACAAAAAUGGGAACCUUGGGGUCUGCAACUACAGAAAUUUUACCCUGUAGCACUCAUACUGCUGAUGAGAAAGAGGGAGAUGACCAAAUCCUGAAAACAUCUGGAAAACUAUCCACAGCCCCAUGUCACUCCACAGUUCACCAGAAAGAGUCUGAGUUGGAAAUGACAUCCACAUCCAGUGGCCAACCCAGCUUAUUGCUAGACUUGAAAACCUCUCUGGAGGAUGUGCAGGUUAAUGACCCUGGUAAAUCUCAUGUAACUUUUGAAACAGAUGGUUUUGAGAGUACUAUCUUGGAUGCAGAGCUUCAAAAAAGUGAUACCAGUCAGCCCUCAGGCCCUCUCCUGCCUGAACUAAGUAAGCUCGGCUUUCCUGCCUCACUCCAGAGAGAUCUAACCCGGCACAUAAGUUUGAAGAGCAAAACUGGAGCACACCUUCCCGAACCAAACCUCAAUAGUGCUCGCCGCAUUCGCAAUAUUAGUGGUCAUAGAAAGAAUGAGACAGAGAAGGAAUCUGGACUCAAACCAACCCUACGACAGAUUCUAAAUGCCUCUCGGAGAAAUGUCAACUGGGAACAGGUCAUUCAGCAAGUAACCAAGAAAAAGCAAGAGCUGGGCAAAGGCUUACCCAGGUUUGGCAUAGAAAUGGUGCCUCUUGUUCCAAAUGAACAGGAGGUCUUGGAUUUGGAUGGGGAGCCUGAUCUGUCCAAUUUAGAAGGAUUCCAAUGGGAAAGUGUUUCCAUUUCCUCAUCCCCUGGAUUGGCAAGAAAGCGAAGCCUUUCUGAGAGCAGCGUGAUCCUUGACAGGGCUUCUUCUGUGUACAGCUUCUUCAGUGAGGAAGGCACAGGCAAAGAAAAUGAGCCUCAGCAGCUGAUUUCACCUAGCAACUCACUGAGGACUGCAGAGAGUCAAAAAGCCGUUACACACCUUAAACAGGAAGUGGCACCUCUGGCCACUUCCCUCAGAACAGGUGAAAGGGCUGAAAAUGUGGUUACCCGAAGGCGACACAGUACACAGUUACCCUCUGACCAUUUAAUACCUUUGAUGCAUUCAGCAAAAGACCUUAACAGCCAGGAGAGGUCCUCACCACCUUCAGAGAAUCAGAAUGCCCAGGAGAGUAAUGGAGAAGGAAAUUCUCUAUCAUCAAAUGUAUCCUCUGCCCUUGCAAUCUCCAGUAUAGGUGAUGCAGCCACAGAUAGUAGCUGUACCUCUGGUGCUGAACAAAAUGAUGGCCAAAGUAUUAGAAAGAAACGAAGAGCCACAGGAGAUGGAUCUUCUCCUGAACUCCCAAGUCUUGAGAGAAAAAAUAAAAGAAGGAAAAUUAAAGGAAAGAAAGAACGUUCUCAGGUUGACCAGUUGCUGACUAUUUCUUUAAGGGAAGAAGAACUAAGUAAGUCAUUGCAGUGCAUGGAUAACAAUCUUCUGCAGGCCCGUGCAGCCCUUCAGACAGCUUAUGUUGAAGUUCAGAGGCUACUCAUGCUCAAGCAACAGAUAACUAUGGAGAUGAGUGCACUGAGGACCCAUAGAAUACAGAUUCUACAAGGACUACAAGAAACAUAUGAACCUGCUGAUCACCCAGACCAAGCUCCCUAUAGCCUCACACGAGAACAAAGGAACAGUAGAUCUCAAACAUCUGCUGAUGUCACACUGCUGCCUACUCCCCUUUUCCCAGUUUUCGUGGAGGCUCCAUCUUCCCACGUGCCACCACCAUCCACUGGAGCCCCUCUUCAAGUAACCACACCUCCUGCUUUCCAAGCCCAUGGCAGUGGCCCUGCUCCAGACUCAUCAGUUCAGAUUAAACAAGAGCCUAUGUCUCCUGGACAAGAUGAGAAUGUGAAUGCUGUGUCACAAGGUUCUGCUUGCAAUGUGUCCAAGGAAUUACUGCAAGCUAAUAGAGAGAUCAGUGACAGUUGUCCAGUUUAUCCAGUCUUCACUGCUACGUUGUCCUUAUCAGAGCUAUCAGAAAGUUUCCAUGAGCCUAGCCAAGACCUGAAGUUUUCUGUGGAACAAGGGAAUACCAGAAACAGAGAAACCUCCCCCUCUUCCCAAUCAGCUGGUCUUCCUAACAUGAAAAGAGAAGGUGAAGAGCCAGCCAAAGUCAACAGUGGAUCUGAAGCUUAUACAAGUUCUUUUCUAAGAUUAUCUUUUGCUUCAGAAACCCCUUUGGAGAAGGAGUCCCACUCUCCAGCUGAUCAGCCUGAGCAACAGGCAGAGUCCACUCUGACAUCAGCUGAAACUAGAGGAAAUAAGAAAAAAAAGAAACUUCGAAAGAAGAAAAUGCUACGGGCUGCCCAUGUUCCUGAGAAUAGUGACACUGAACAGGAUGUAUUUACUGCUAAACCUGCAAGGAAAAUUAAAACUGGAAAGUUACCUAAAGCAGGGAGAGUAACAAUCUCCGCUUGGGAAGAUAUCAGGGCUGGUCAGGAGCAGGAGAGUGUCAGAGAUGAGCCAGAUAGUGACUCGUCUCUGGAAGUCCUAGAAAUUCCUAAUCCUCAGUUAGAAAUCGUAGCCAUUGAUUCUUCUGAAUCUGGAGAAGAGAAACCAGACAGUCCAUCUAAAAAGGAUAUUUGGAACUCUGCAGAGCAAAACGCACCAGAAACUUCUCGUUCUGCUUGUGACGAAGUGAGCUCUACCAGUGAGAUUGGCACUCGCUAUAAGGAUGGCAUCCCUGUAAGAGUGGCGGAAACUCAGACUGUGAUCACUUCCAUAAAAGCAUCGAAGAACUCUUCAGAAAUAUCUUCAGAGCCUAGAGAUGAUGAUGAGCCCACAGAAGGAAUCUUUGAGGGGCACGAAGCUGCAGUGAAUGCAAUUCAAAUAUUUGGGAACUUACUAUAUACCUGUUCUGCAGAUAAAACUGUCCGAGUUUAUCAUCUGGUGAGCCGGAAAUGUAUUGGUGUCUUUGAGGGCCAUACCUCAAAAGUGAACUGCCUCCUGGUUACUCAGACCGUUGGGAAGAAAGCUGCCCUUUACACGGGUUCCAGUGACCACACCAUUCGCUGCUAUGACAUUAAGACCCGAGAGAGCAUGGAGCAAUUACAGCUGGAAGACCGGGUCCUCUGCCUCCACAAUAGAUGGCGAAUCCUCUAUGCUGGACUGGCAAAUGGCACUGUGGUCUCCUUCAAUGUAAAGAACAACAAACGGCUUGAGAUCUUUGAAUGCCAUGGCCCUCGGGCAGUCAGCUGCCUUGCCACAGCUCAGGAAGGUGCCCGAAGGCUGCUGGUUGUGGGAUCUUAUGACUGUACCAUUAGUGUACGUGAUGCACGGAACGGACUCCUCCUCAGAACUCUGGAGGGCCAUAGCAAAACCAUUCUUUGCAUGAAGGUGGUGAAUGACCUUGUGUUCAGUGGCUCCAGUGAUCAGUCAGUCCACGCCCACAACAUUCACACUGGUGAGCUUGUACGGAUCUAUAAAGGUCACAAUCAUGCAGUGACUGUGGUGAAUAUCCUAGGAAAAGUGAUGGUGACGGCUUGCCUGGAUAAGUUUGUUCGAGUCUAUGAAUUACAGUCCCAUGAUCGAUUGCAGGUUUAUGGAGGACACAAGGAUAUGAUUAUGUGUAUGACCAUUCAUAAAAGUAUGAUUUACACUGGAUGUUAUGAUGGCAGUAUUCAGGCUGUGAGGCUAAAUCUGAUGCAGAACUACCGCUGUUGGUGGCACGGCUGCUCUUUGAUAUUUGGCGUUGUAGAUCAUUUAAAACAACACUUGCUGACUGACCACACUAAUCCAAACUUUCAAACUCUGAAAUGUCGCUGGAAGAACUGUGAUGCUUUUUUCACCGCUAGGAAAGGAUCCAAACAGGAUGCUGCAGGACACAUUGAACGGCAUGCUGAAGAUGACAGCAAAAUUGAUUUAUGAAGUUUUUUGCCUCCCAUGUUGGGAAGUCAUUAGUUUAACUGUUUUCACAUUGGCCCUUCAUAGAGGCCAUUCUCUUCCCUUCCUUCAUGAAGCAGGGAAGGAAAAAGUAGUUAUUAGCCAGACUUACCACUAGCAUAAGUCUGGGCAGCUCUAUGGUAUGAUGGGUUAUAUUUAAGUUCUUAUUGGAGGUUUUAAACAGUCAAAUUUGAACAGAUUUUUAGGAACUAUACUCCACUGAGACAACAUGACAUUUAGUGAUUUAUGCUACUAGUGUUCUCCAGAUGUUUAUUAAAGAUAUGGAUCUUAAUCGGUUACUCAGUUUGACCCUAAUCAUACAUGUAUUUUGUUGAUUUCAGUUUGUGACUUUUAGUUUAUGUUCCUAUGAUGAUUAAACCUAUAAUCAGGCUUUUCAACACAAGUUUUUUGUUCAAGGCUAGAUUUUCAGAAUCAGCUUAAAUUUUUGCAGUUGUAAUAACUGGACAUUUAAAUUGGAAGCAAAUAGUUUUCCUCUCCAUUACAUGCAGUGUAUUUCACUACUCUCUAGCUUUGUAGUUGGACAGAGCUGGUUUUAAAUGCUAAAGUGCACCCAGUAGAUUUCCCACAGACAGCCUCUACUUUAGGCAUUCAGAAAGUAAACCCCAUAAAGCCAAGUCCUUACAGUUGCCGCUUCCUAGUGAACUUCCUCUGCACGUUUUGAUAGAGUGCUCAGUGUGAGGCAGUGUAUAGACUUAAUGUCUGUCUUUUAAAUGUUGCUGUCAGACUUGAGCAUUCACUGCUGAAGAUAUCUUCAGGCUGUGUGAACUGGAGAUGUACCAUUUUUUCGUUUCCAGUUUCUGACUCUGAGCCUGAUGGGAGAUUUUGAACCCCUUUAUUUGCUGUGUUGCCAACUUCCAUCUCCCGCUGUCUGGCUUUGUCUAGACUGAUGGCAACCAUCAAGUAUUCCUCAAGGCUCACAGGUGCUUGCCACCCACCUGCAGCCCUCAAGAUGGGGGGGGUGGGGGGGUGCUUAGAAUAAAGCAUUUGAAUACAGUUUUUAGGGCCUCAGGCAGGCUUCCUAGGGACAUGUCUGAAGCCAGAGUCUUUGCCUUCACUUUGUCUUUGCCUUGCUAGCUGGUGAAGGGAAAGAUUGCUUGUCUGUUGAGAACAGCCAAAUUAACAAAGCCUAAGUGGGGUUGCUUUGUUUUUGGAUUUUCUCCUGACUCUUAUCAGUAAAGCUAUGAAAUUGUUGCUUUCCAGCCUUUUGUUUCUGGAUCCUCAAAACUCAGAUACUUCAGAGAGAAGGGGGAGGAGCGCAGUGCCACAUACCAAGCCUUGGGAUGCGAUGUCCACUGUUUUCUAGGUUUGCAGAGCAUCCAGGCUCCUCUCCGCCCCUGGAGACGACACACACAUCUACUCAGGUGUCCUCCCGCAGGUUCUAGGGCAGGGGGCUUCACCGAGAGUUCAUGAAUAGGCUUUAAAAGGGUCUGUGAACCCCCUGAAAUUUUAUGCAAGACUAAAUAUGUGUUCUUUUUUCCAGGAAAGGCUCCAGUGGAUCUUAUUAGAUCCAAAAAUGUUAAGAGCUAAUCAGGAGCUACUACUAGAUACUGUGUGACCCCACAGACUAUUUCCUUCUGUCCUCGUGAGUGGGAGAACUUUUUUGGUAAUUACACCGUUGAGAUUUGCAUGAUGCUCAAGAGAAAACAGAAGAUUCUUAUUGCAUAAAGUAUAGUUAUGCUGUUUUGUAUGAGAUUAGAAAGCUUUCCCCAUCUCUUACCUUCAUUUCCUGGAAGGGUGACCAGAGAAGCCAAGCUGUUUUGUGGGUUUGGGAACAGUGAUGUCUCAGAAAUGUACAUUUGGAUUUAUUGCCCAAAGUGGCAUUUUCCUCUGGGCAUGUGUAAAUGGCUGGGCAGCAUGCUGAGAAAACCUCAAAUGCUCUGUUGCAUGGGUGCCCUCCUGCCCUGCCUGAGUAUAUGUCUGAAAAGAUGAGAGUCAUGGAGCCUUGGUACAGCAGGGAAAGGAUGUGUGAAGUGUUGGGCAGUCGGAAACUUUUGAGAGCAUUAAAGAUUGAUAGGAUGGGUAGAACUCUGAUUUGGGUGUGGCUGUGGUAGAAUCAUGUGCCUGUAUCUGCCUGUGUGAAAGUUCCUUUGUAUGUGUGUGUAUGCGUAGGCACCUGUACCUAUAAUAUUUUUCUUCCAUUCAUUUCACAGAAGUUGUUUCUUUUUGUUUUUGGAAACAGUGGCAAUAACAUCUUUGUUUCAAGAACAUGCAAAAUUCUUCUAACAUCAGGUUAAUGUGCUAUUCAAAAUGCACCAUCUGUUGAGAAAUGAAGGGGCCAUAAGCAUCUUGGCUGCUUAUGGUUGUGUGUUAUUACUUUUUAAGUAUCUUGAAAGUUAUGCAGAACUUUUGUUUAGCCUUCCACAUCAUGUCUGAUUACAAACCUCUGCUUCCCUUCAGAGAAGAGCUGUAGCUGAGGGAUCUGUGUUGACUCUGGUAUUUAGUAACCCAAGGAAGAAAGGAAGCGCUUAAAUGACCUGGCAAAACCUGACUAGUUUCUUAAAAGUUGUUGGAGGUCAUUUUUAGAAUGUUACUUUUAAUUGUUUGUGCCUGUUCUAAUGACUUAAAGCCAAGAAAACCACAGUAUAAAUCCUUUUGUGUGCAUAUGCUCAUGUUUUCGUGACAGUUUGUUUUGAUAAAAUAUUAGUCACUUCAAGUUUUAUAUGAAAGUUGAUUAGGUUCAAAAUAUAUUUUUGGCAUACUCCUCUACUGAGUUGCAAAGCAAUUAAACACAAUGCAAACAGAACUCUAAGAGCUUAGAAUGAUUUUUGAUCUGAUGUUACUUAAAUUUGAGAGGAAGUCAUUUCUUACUAUUAUACUCCUGCUUUCUGGGAGACAGUUUUUUCCCCAUCAGAAGAGUUAGCAGUUGAGAGUUCUAGGUCCUGAUCUACCUAUAACUUAUAGGCAGUAUCAUUACUGUGUAAGUGAUUAUUUGCCUAACAAAGGUUUUGUUUUGUCUUUUUUCUGGUAGAUUAUACAGUGGACAACUUUAGUGACUAGACAUGUGGGUGAUUUGGUGGGAGUAGGUAUAUACUUAGUGGAAUGGUACGGUAUAUUUUAUGGAAGAGAAUUCAUUGGAGGGGAGAUUGAAGUAUAUUGUGAAGUGGGAUUUGAAUAACAUGUAGUCUCUGGUUUGCUGGAGUAACUGCAAUUUACAUAUGCUUACUUACAAAUUUUGUUCCUAAAGGAGAACUCCUAGAAUUAUUAGGAAGGCCAUUCCUGCCACAUUGAUAAUGUACUGGUUUUAUCCCUGCCCCAAAUCAUCAGGGUUUGAGGGAAGUGAGGGAAGUGGUCUAAUGGGUAGUAAUAGCAGCUGUAGUGGAGGUGAUUGGGGAUAUACUGAGUUCCAUACGCAAGUGGGUGUGAAAUGCUCACAAAAAGCAAACUUACUGUUUAUUAGACAGUAACCUCCAACUCCCUCAACUCCAGCCCCAAGUAUGUGGCCCUACUGGGUCAUAUGGUGACUCAAGCUUCCCAGAUUUGAUCCAGCUCAAAUAAACUGGGGGAGGAGAGAGUGAAGGAAGAAAGGCUGUUGAAAAUCUUUCUCCUGUUAAAGAGAAAUAUAUGCCCUAGAGCUGCUCCAGCAUCCUUGGUUUCUGAAUUUUUUUAUAUUGAAUAUGGGUUAGAAGAGUGAAAUCAGAUGACUCUUGACUGCAAAAAUGUUUAUAAGCGUAUAGCCUUCUUACAUUUUUGUAUAAAGCUGUGAACUUCAUAACUUUGUAAAGCAAGAUAAAAAGCAAAUGCAAGAAGAAAAUAAAGUACUUUUACUAAUUGUUA